AGGGCAAGGGGGAUUAGUGAAUAAUUGUGCUGAUUUUGUGGCUGUGGUAAGUGCGUCCCUGCUGCUGGGGUGUGAUUGGAGGGAAACCCCGUGUACCACAGUCAGACAGCUUGUGAGAGAAUCAGCUGUGUAACGUAGCUUAGCUAGCCACACACCACUAUUCCCUUUGCACUCAGUCCCUAGUAACCAUGGUUGACAAGAGCGAGGUGGUUCAGAAGGAGCUGGUCCAGAAGGCCAAGCUGGCAGAGCAGGCCGAGCGCUACGAUGACAUGGCUGCCUCCAUGAAGGCCGUAACGGAGGAAGGCACCCAGUUGUCCAACGAGGAGCGGAACCUCCUCUCUGUGGCCUAUAAGAACGUGGUGGGCGCUCGGCGCUCCUCCUGGAGGGUGGUGUCCAGCAUCGAGCAGAAGACCGAGGGCAGCGAGAAGAAGCAGGCCAUGGCCAAGGAGUACAGGGAGAAGAUAGAGAAGGAGCUGAAGGAGAUCUGUAAUGAUGUGCUGGGUCUUCUGAACCAGUUCCUCAUCCCCAAUGCUACUCCGGCCGAGAGCAAAGUGUUCUAUUUGAAAAUGAAAGGAGAUUACUACCGUUACUUAGCGGAGGUGGCGAUGGGAGAGGAGAAAGCCGCCAUCAUCGGUAACUCCCAGGAGGCCUACAAGGAUGCGUUUGAGAUCAGCAAGAAGGACAUGCAGCCCACCCAUCCGAUUCGUCUGGGUCUGGCUCUCAACUUCUCCGUCUUCUAUUACGAGAUCCUCAACUCCCCCGAGCAGGCCUGCAAACUGGCCAAGACGGCUUUCGAUGACGCUAUUGCAGAGCUGGAUUCUCUGAGUGAAGACUCUUACAAAGACAGCACCUUGAUCAUGCAGCUACUGAGAGAUAACUUGACACUGUGGACCUCAGACAACCAGGGAGAUGGAGAGGAUGCUGAGGAGGGUCGAGACUGACCUGGUCCCUGUUCCCUGGUCUGUCUGUCUGUCUGACUGACUGUCAUCAUCCUCUACCUAUCAACGCUGAGACAGACGGACUGACCGCCUCAUCCCGCCCAACGCCUCUCUUUAGUUCUGUCUGUCACGUCGUCUCACACCUCCAUACCUUUACUCUUCUCUCGGGAAUCAUUGUUGGGGUGGGGGUCUGCUUUCCAGGACUUGGUUGUGGGAGGGGUUUGGUGGGGACGUACAGUAUGGUAGGUUGAGGUGAGGGUUGUGGGAGGGGUUUGGUGGGGACGUACAGUAUGGUAGGUUGAGGUGAGGGUUGUGGGAGGGGUUUGGUGGGGACGUACAGUAUGGUAGGUUGAGGUGAGGGACUUGUCUACUGAGUGUAUAAUUAUUUGUGGGCGAUGAAUAGGGUCUUACAUGCAUGUUGAAGGGUGGGGGGGGAAAGCUCUUAACUCAGGCAAUGUGGCAAGUUCAGGUUGUGAAUUAACCUGGUCGACUCACCACCUGUGUUCAGGUAGUGAAUUAACCUGGUCGACUCACCACCUGUGUUCAGGUUGGGAAUAUUAACCUAGUCGACUCACCACCUGUGUUCAGGUAGUGAAUUAACCUGGUCGACUCACCACCUGUGUUCAGGUUGGGAAUAUUAACCUGGUCGACUCACCACCUGUGUUCAGGUAGUGAAUUAACCUGGUCGACUCACCACCUGUGUUCAGGUUGGGAAUAUUAACCUAGUCGACUCACCACCUGUGUUCAGGUAGUGAAUUAACCUGGUCGACUCACCACCUGUGUUCAGGUUGGGAAUAUUAACCUGGUCGACUCACCACCUGUGUUCAGGUAGUGAAUUAACCUGGUCGACUCACCACCUGUGUUCAGGUUGGGAAUAUUAACCUGGUCGACUCACCACCUGUGUUCAGGUUGGGAAUAUUAACCUGGUCGACUCACCACCUGUGUUCAGGUAGUGAAUUGGCCUGGUCGACUCACCACCUGUCUUCAGGUAGUGAAUUGGCCUGGUCGACUCACCACCUGUGUUCAGGUAGUGAAUUGGCCUGGUCGACUCACCACCUGUGUUCAGGUUGGGAAUAUUAACCUGGUCGACUCACCACCUGUGUUCAGGUAGUGAAUUGGCCUGGUCGACUCACCACCUGUCUUCAGGUAGUGAAUUGGCCUGGUCGACUCACCACCUGUGUUCAGGUAGUGAAUUGGCCUGGUCGACUCACCACCUGUGUUCAGGUUGGGAAUAUUAACCUGGUCGACUCACCACCUGUGUUCAGGUAGUGAAUUGGCCUGGUCGACUCACCACCUGUCUUCAGGUAGUGAAUUGGCCUGGUCGACUCACCACCUGUGUUCAGGUAGUGAAUUAACCUGGUCGACUCACCACCUGUGUUCAGGUUGGGAAUAUUAACCUGGUCGACUCACCACCUGUGUUCAGGUAGUGAAUUGGCCUGGUCGACUCACCACCUGUCUUCAGGUAGUGAAUUGGCCUGGUCGACUCACCACCUGUGUUCAGGUAGUGAAUUGGCCUGGUCGACUCACCACCUGUGUUCAGGUAGUGAAUUGGCCUGGUCGACUCACCACCUGUGUUCAGGUAGUGAAUUGGCCUGGUCGACUCACCACCUGUGUUCAGGUAGUGAAUUGGCCUGGUCGACUCACCACCUGUGUUCAGGUAGUGAAUUGGCCUGGUCGACUCACCACCUGUGUUCAGGUAGUGAAUUGGCCUGGUCGACUCACCACCUGUGUUCAGGUAGUGAAUUGGCCUGGUCGACUCACCACCUGUGUUCAGGCAGUGAAUUGGCCUGGUCGACUCACCACCUGUGUUCAGGUAGUGAAUUGGCCUGGUCGACUCACCACCUGUGUUCAGGUAGUGAAUUGGCCUGGUCGACUCACCACCUGUGUUCAGGUAGUGAAUUAACCUGGUCGACUCACCACCUGUGUUCAGGUAGUGAAUUGGCCUGGUCGACUCACCACCUGUGUUCAGGUAGUGAAUUGGCCUGGUCGACUCACCACCUGUGUUCAGGUAGUGAAUUAGCCUGGUCGACUCACCACCUGUGUUCAGGUAGUGAAUUGGCCUGGUCGACUCACCACCUGUGUUCAGGUAGUGAAUUGGCCUGGUCGACUCACCACCUGUGUUCAGGUAGUGAAUUGGCCUGGUCGACUCACCACCUGUGUUCAGGUAGUGAAUUGGCCUGGUCGACUCACCACCUGUGUUCAGGUAGUGAAUUGGCCUGGUCGACUCACCACCUGUGUUCAGGUAGUGAAUUGGCCUGGUCGACUCACCACCUGUGUUCAGGUAGUGAAUUGGCCUGGUCGACUCACCACCUGUGUUCAGGUAGUGAAUUGGCCUGGUCGACUCACCACCUGUGUUCAGGUUGUGAAUUGGCCUGGUCGACUCACCACCUGUGUUCAGGUUGUGAAUUGGCCUGGUCGACUCACCACCUGUGUUCAGGUAGUGAAUUGGCCUGGUCGACUCACCACCUGUGUUCAGGUUGUAAAUUGGCCUGGUCGACUCACCACCUGUGUUCAGGUAGUGAAUUGGCCUGGUCGACUCACCACCUGUGUUCAGGUAGUGAAUUGGCCUGGUCGACUCACCACCUGUGUUCAGGUAGUGAAUUGGCCUGGUCGACUCACCACCUGUCUUCAGGUAGUGAAUUGGCCUGGUCGACUCACCACCUGUGUUCAGGUAGUGAAUUGGCCUGGUCGACUCACCACCUGUCUUCAGGUAGUGAAUUGGCCUGGUCGACUCACCACCUGUGUUCAGGUAGUGAAUUGGCCUGGUCGACUCACCACCUGUGUUCAGGUAGUGAAUUGGCCUGGUCGACUCACCACCUGUCUUCAGGUAGUGAAUUGGCCUGGUCGACUCACCACCUGUGUUCAGGUAGUGAAUUGGCCUGGUCGACUCACCACCUGUCUUCAGGUAGUGAAUUGGCCUGGUCGACUCACCACCUGUGUUCAGGGUAAUGAUCUUGUGCUUGACAACAUUGCUUGAUUCAUUUUGUGGUUCGACAUCAGUCUCUCCUGAUUGGAGGAGGCAGCAGCGAGCGGUUUUAGUCUGUAGCCAGGCGACUGGCGGCAGGAGCAUUAGGUGAUCGUCCUGAGGCGUCUUAUCGAUUUUUGGUGGGGUUGUUGUGUUUGCUCCCUAAAUAGCACCCUAAUUCCCUAUAUAGUACACUACUUUUAGACCAGGACCCUAUGGGCCGUGGCCUAACACCUGUGCACUAUAUAUAGGGGGGGGGGGAUAGGGUUCUGUUUGAGAGGAAACCUUGGAUAGAAAUGUUACAUUCCAUAAACUGUCACUAGACUGCACCAGCUUCUUAUUCUUCAGUUUGACUGACCUGCUAACGUCAUUUGUAUUUCUGUGUCAAUUAGGAGGUAUGGGGGGGGUUGGAAGUCUAGAACAAAGGACACUCCUAAUACUUGGACUGUUUUAAACCAGCAGAGCAGGAAGAAUUUCCCCAUGUACUUAUCUAGUUUUUUGGCUUUUUCUCUCUUCCAGUUAAAAGGUUUUUUUAUUUUCAUUUAAUGUUUUAUUUUGAUACUUGUGGUUAAGAACUAGUUAACGGGGAGAAAGGGGAGGUGGUUGGUUUUGGGCUGGCUGUCUGGCUGUCUGGCUGUCUGGCUGGCUGUCUGGCUGUCUGUCUGUCUUUGUCCAUGUCCUUUUUGGAAUUUUCAUACGAAACACCCAAGCAUAACUGUUUAUCUGGAGGGAAAUGUUAUUUCAUGUAUGUGGAAUUAAAAAGAUAAUUUAAAAGUA